UAACUAUAAAUACUACCGAAUUUCCAUUAAAUUUGCAAGAUCAUCUCUUUCUUAAUUCUCUCCAGUAACAAGCUAGGUUCAAAGAUGAAGCUGUUUGUGUUCCUCUUCAUGAUGUUGUUUACACAAGUGUUAACUCAAGGUGAAAAACCAAAUUUCUGGUUAUGCCCACCAGCAAUUUGGGAAUGUGUCAUAGGAAACUUAAAUUAUAAUUACAUAGAAGGUGAUCCAAAGGGGCCUGAGAAUUGGUGGAAACUUCAUGACAAUUGGGCACUAUGUGGCAAAGGCCAAAUGCAGUCUCCCAUAGAUUUGAGUGAUGAGGAGAAGGACCCUACAUUGGGGAAUUUGAAACUGAAUUACAUGGCCACAAAUGCAACACUUGUCAACCAUGGACGUGAGGUUGUGCUAGAAUGGGACGGUGAUGCUGGUUAUCUGAAAAUUGAUUCAACUCAAUACUCACUUAAGCAAAUGUAUUGGCAUUAUCCUUCUGAGCACCAGAUUGACAGCACUAGAUAUGAUCUUGAGGCUCACAUGGUGCAUGAGAGCAAGGAUGGAAAGAAGGCUGUUAUUGCCAAUCUCUACAAAAUUGGUGCUUCCAAUCAAUUCCUUGAGAAGGUAAUUAAUUCAUUAAUUAAUUAA